AUGGAGAACGGAUCAUUGGUCGGAAACUUGUAUCUUGGGAAACUCAUUUGGGAGACAAGAUUCGAGAACGCAAAAGGAACAGCUAAAGGGGAUAGAAUAGGGAAAUCAAUUUUUUCGACAGUGCGAGAGACUCAAGGAUACAUGGCUCCUGAAUGGGUGUUUAAUCUUCCAAUUACUUCAAAAGUCAAUGUAUUUAGCUAUGGGGUUGUGAUACUAGAGAUGAUUACAGGACGGACUGUUGGGAAGAUUAGGGUUUGCGGUGGAGAUCUGGAUACCAGCUUGGAUCGUGAUAUCACCUUCCCAACUGAUAUUUCCACCCUAUGCCUGAGCUACAAGAAAUUCAGUCUAGGAUAA